AUGACAGCAAUCGGAGCACCAGCGGCCGGAGCUUCUACCAUGACAGCAAUUGGAGCACCUGCAGGAGCACCAGCAGGAGCAUCAACAAUGACAGCAAUCGGAGGAGCUCCAGCACCCGCAGGCGCAUCCACCAUGACGGCCAUCGGAGGAGCACCAGCAGAAAUCCCAGAGAAUUACAAAUCGUUGCAGGAAAUCCAUAAUCAACAGGGAGACUACAAUUCUCUCUACAAAAUGACCAUUGUUCCAUCUGUUCGAUAA